GAGAACGUGCAGCUUGGGCGCGCGCCCGUGCCGUGUGGACACUAAAAAAAUUUUUUAAAGAAUAAUUGCAAGCAGGUCUUCGAAACUAGAAUACAGCACAGCACUGUCGCCGUUUCAUCAGCCUCCAGGCAGAAUGUGAGGAGGUAGGAGGCACCCCAUGCCCCCGUCCCCUUUGCCCUACUCUUAACGUUCUAGAAUGUUCCUGAAGACGGUUCCUCCGGUGGUGGCAGUUCACUCGGAAUGGAGGCCCGCUAAGAGCUUCAGCCUACCGCUCUGCUUCAAUGAGAGUACUUCGGACAGUGACUCGGCUGGCGGAACUCCCAUCCCCCACAAGGUCCAGAUGAUCAUCGACAGCCUCCGGAGCACUCAGUCGUCAGACAUGAGCGACGGCCCCCGGGUCAGCCUCGACCUGCCCAGGAGCGCUGGCCGCAGGGUCAAGCCCUGCUGCCCAGAGGCACCGGCGAGCCCCCGUCGGCCGGAGGCGGACGGCGGUAAGCUCCAGGCCGCCGAGCUGGAGGCGAGCCGCAGCUCGGACAGCGACGAUUCCGUGGACCGAGGGAUCGAAGAGGCCAUCCAAGAGUACCUGAAAGAAAAGGUGGACCACAAGCGAAACGUCGAUGCGCCAACCAGCCCCGUCCGGGGCCCCAAAGUCCAGCGAAUGGACCCCGGAAUUCCGGACCCCUCGAAGGAGGUAGCGCAAUCCGUCCCUGCCAAAGUGCUGACUGCUAGCAACCACGUCCAGAAGGGUUCGAGAGCCGACCAGCCGUUAGCGGCCUCGAAGAUAAAGAAGAGGCCAAGCAAAGAGAACCCUGUUCAGAGGGCCUUCCCCGCGAAGCCCUCCUCAGACCAAAUGCUGCCUCCGCUGAGAAUCAAAGAGGAGGAGGUGCCGGACUCCAGCAGCGACGACGGCAUCGAGGAGGCCAUCCAGAGGUUCCAGCAGGAGCAGAGGGACCACCACGAGGGCCCGCGACGCCCCAAGGAGGCGCCGGACUCCAGCAGCGACGACGGCAUCGAGGAGGCCAUCUGGCACUACCAGCGGGAAAAACGGAAGGAAAAGAGCCGCAGGCUCCUCCCGAAGCCGCGCGGCAAGGUGUCCGCACCCCCCGCGGGUCCCGCCGCCGUCCAGCAGUUUAGAAAACUGCCCAAAAAGAAGACCGUUAAAAAGAGCGCGGCCGCGGAGAGAGAGGUAACGCACGCCUCCCCCGUAGGUUCGGCCGCGAGCCACCCUCUCGAUGCUGGUAGCGGAGGAAGAGACGGAGCCGAGGAUCCGCGGGCCGAGCUGCAGGCGCGCCCCGCCCUCUCCAUCAACACCACGGCGGAGCUGAUGUGCGCCGAAGCCAUCCUGGACAUCUCCAAGACCGUCAUGCCCGCUGCGUUCCAGCCCGACCCGAGCGGCCCGGCGGGGACCCCGGCCCACUUCCUCGCUUGCCACCCGCCGCAGGGGGCUGGGAGGAGCGAUGACAGCUCCGUGGACAGCGAGGAUGGCAUCGAGCAGGAGAUCCAGAAGUUUCUGGAGCUCAAGGCCAAGAUGCACGAGCAGCUGCCGAUGCUGGCGACAGGACCCCCCGCCUGCGCCGGGACCCCCGCGGCUGCAAGAGCACCACUGAAGAAGAAGGGCGAGGAGGAUCGGAGCAAAAUGCUGAGGCUGUCGCUGUCUCGGAAGAGAAAGCACAAAGAGGAAAAUGGUAGGGGCGAAAGAAGAGAAACCGCUCGUUACGUGUUUAAGGAGGAGCCUCAGCCCAAUCCUAUAGGCCAGGAUUCGUCGUCCACGGAGACAUCACGCACGCAUAGUCCAAUCGCAGUGAAGCACUUCAAGCCCAAGCAAAACUCUCCCGGAUCCGUCAACAAGGAGAAAGGGUCUGGCUGUGGUCCGGCCAGCCCACCAAACACUCCGAGGACGCUCGCCGGCUCGGAGCGAAAUCACAGCAGCGACAAGAGCAGCUCGCUGGACAGUGACGAAGACCUCGACGCAGCGAUUAAAGACUUGCUCAAGACCAAGCGGAAGGUGAAAAAGAAGGCAAGGGAUGUGAAGUUUAAGGCGCGGAGAAGUGCCAAGGGCACGGAGACUCCCGAGACCUCAAAGAAACCCAAACCGGCCGCGGAGCAGAAGAGCGUCCCGCCAUCCAAACCCGGCAAACCCGACAGAGAGCCAGCGAAUCCGACUGGACGCGACAGAGGCGCCAAAGCCAGAGGUCUGAAGCCCCAGCGGGCCGCCAAAAAGCCCAGAGCCCCCGCGCAGGGCGCAGAGGCGGAGCAGGCAAAGUCGGAAGCCGCCCACCAGCCUCCUGCGGCGGCGGAAAGCAGCUCGGUGGACAGCGAUGACAGCAUCGAGCAGGAGAUCCGCAAGUUCCUGGCCGAAAAAGCCAAGGGCUCGGGCGCACCGGCGGUGGCCGCCGACGGCAAGGAGGUCACGGAGAGGGGUGUGAAGGUGGAGGAGCAGCAGACGUGGGUCACGCCCGGGCACGCAGAGGCCGGCGGGGGCCAGGCUCCCAGCUCCGGCUGCGCGGCGGGGACCCUGGAGGAGGUGAGGGGGAGCGGCGCGGACGCCGGGAAGGAGGGGCUGCCGGUGCCGGAAGCACCGAGAGUUGGAGCAGCAGCGGAGCCAGGUCAGAAGGAGGCCCAGCAUCAGAACCUCUUUCUGAUGAAGCCCGAGAACUGCAGCAUGGGGGACAUCCGGGACAGCCCGUCUGCUCCCCUAGAGGUCGCGGACUUGCCGAGUAGCCUUCAGAACCGGAACCGAAUCCCUCUGAGAGAGGUGAUCAGCGUCGUGUGCCCCUCGCCACCCCCGACCGCCAGACCCUCUCUCGGUGCCCCCUCCCACGUGUACACAGCUGCGGGCGGCGAUCGAUUGCCGUCGGCAACCCUCGAGAGCAGGACCGAUUCUCUCUACCUGUACAGUCGGAUAAAGAGAGAACAGUGGGACCAGAUGCCACGCCUCCUCCCCAGUUCCCCUCACCCGCCGUCCACCGCUCGACACUUGCCCUCCAGUGCCGGUCUCCGGUUCCCACACCUGCCCACCAACCUCUCCCACCUGUCGUGUGUGCCGCUGCCACCCGCUCUCUCCCAACCUCGCCUGGGGGCCGGCGUGGUGCGCCUGCGACGGGACCAGGCCGCCGGCAUCCCGCCCCCGGCUCGCAGGACCCACCCGCUGCAGCUUCGAAACGGACAGGAGGAGUGGGAGAAGGAGCGGGGGGAGGGGCGAGGGGCGGAGUCAGAUCAGGAGCAGAAGUGCGUAGAUGAGACAGAUGUAGAGUCAGGUGAGGAGAGGAGAUCAGCGCAGCAGAGGACAGAUAAGAUACAGCAGCCGUCCAGCCAGUUGAAGUCGGCCGAAGCUUGUGUGCGCUCGUACGAGACCGACGGGUAUAACUGGCCCCGCUCCGUACGCGACAGGCCUGCGGUGGUGGACGCACCCUGACGCGGCCCGGACGCUGGGGCGGCGUAGCCGUGGGACGGCGGUCGCUGAGCCGAGCCGUGUCUCGGCGCACGCUGCCACGUUCGCUCCAUCGACACGUCCCGUUCGGCUCAAUAAGGUGUUUCUUAAGGUAUCCAUAAAGACUCCUGAGAACUGGUACAUGCCUCUACAGAUCCUACCUCAGCACCUCCGUGAAGCUCAACACGUGUACAGGGCUUUGAGCGAGCCCUCGCAUUAAAAAUGUCGCCAAGCUCGGUGAACGAGGUGCUACGUUGAGCUCUGUUGGUUCUGGUGGGGCGCUGCUCAGCUCUGAAAUGGGUUCGGGGGAAAUCUUUUUCAACGUUUUUAUUCUGUUACCAUCUCUCUGGGUAUGCGUUUUCACCAACCCAGACGAGAUUUUGUCACAUUUUAUCACUGGAGCUGGAGCAGCACACCUGAGAGCGACUGGGGCAGUGCACUUGAGUGUGUCUUUUGAUUUCCCUACCGUGCUUCUCUUCUUGUGUUUAUUAAAUAUUCUUUGUGUUGUACAUACUGUCAUUCCCAAGUUGUGUAUAUAUGUUUGUUUGGUUUUUUUUGUUGUUUUUUUUUUCUGAUACACUUAAAGUCAUAAAAAUGUUUACCAGCACGUAAAAUGAAAAACGGACAGGCUUCGUUUUUUUAUUUUUUAUUUUUUUUUUUUUCCCUUUCUCGCAUUUCCGCUGGUUAUAAAUUUGCCUCGCUUUUUCUCACUUCACACACACACACAUGCUCACACUCCUCUCUCUCUCUCUCUCUCUCUCUCUCUCUCUCUCUCUCUC